AGUAAAACAAUAGUUUUUUUCGGGUAAAAUAUUUAAUAAAAGAUUCAAAUAAUUAUGGAACAAAUAGAAUAUACACGCACGGUGGUACCCUCAUCAAUGCGUAGCCCUUAUUGGAAAUAUUUUGGGUUUCCUUCAGACAGUGGAAACAACAUACUAACGCGGCAAAAGAUAGUGUGUACUAUUUGCAAUACAGCAAUUGCUUACAACAAAAAUACCUCCAACUUAAGGACUCAUUUAAUGUCCAAACAUGUUGAAAUAUUUCAAAAGCUCGUCAUGCCCUCAAACGACACGGCUGCAAAACAGAAUGAUCAAAAAUUAGGUGAACAAAUGAUUUGUGUGAAAGACAGAGUGACAAUAUGUGAUCCGCCAAGUGUUAAUACUAUAAAUGCUCUAGAUAUCAAAAGACGACGCAUUGAGGAAGCAUCAUCUUUACAAAGUAAAAACAAUUUUAUUGAACCAUUUCUAACGAUUCCCGAAUACAGUGCUAAUUUGGAAGCUGAAAGUAUUAUUCAUAGUGGAAAUAAUUGUACAGCUUUGUCAAAUAAGGUAGAUUUAGAAAUACAAAGUUCAGAUUACAUCGGAUUUAUACCAUCGAAUGAUACCCCUACAGUUGAAAUAACAGAAACAAAUGAUGAUGAUUUACCCACUGCUGCCAGUAUGGAUGACACAAAAAAUGAACAAAUUUUUACAUACACCGAUCUUGAACUACAUGAGCAACAGCUCCAAUCUAUGGACAUAAUGCUGGCAGAUAUGGUUCAGACGGAUUUAUCACCAUUAGAAAUAUUGGAGAAUCAAGGUUUCUGCAAAUACAAUCAACAAUUGACUGGUGUAAAGAUGGAUCCUGAGACAGUAAAACGAGUAAUGAAAGUGAUAGAAACACGAUAUAUAAAUACUAAUCAAAUAAUCACUUCCCAUGUAGUUCGAUUAUCACAAACUCAACCAUACUCUUUAAGUAUUGAAAUAUACAUGGAUAAUGAUGGUCAGAAUGUUAUGAAUAUAUAUUAUAACUAUUUGAACGAUAGCAAAGUGGAUUUAAUCAGCAUUCUAUACACGAGUAGUACUAUUUGCACUAAACCUAUUGAUAUUUCCAAACUCUUAACGGAUAUCGAUCUAAAAAACUGUAGCGGUGUGGUGGUACCCUGCAUAGAUAAUGUUUUUGAUUUUGUAUUGGAGUUUACCAAGUUUCAUGAUUUGCCUAUAAUUGAGUCCCUGGAAUCCAUGCUGACUCGUAGUUUGCAGAAAAUUUUUGAACAAAGCGAUUUUUCAGAAGACUAUGAAAAACUUUUAAAACGAAUGCUAGAAAAUCCAUGUCAAACACAUAUAAAAAAGUCCUUUAUCAGACCACGGAGUCUUUGGAAUAGACUGAACAUUUUGGAAAAUAUAUUUGAGAAUGUAGAACUUGAACAAUGGGGCGAAAUGCGACUAAUUUUCGAUUACAUGAAACCAUUAAAGAUGGCUUUGGAUAUUAUAACGGACGAAAAUUUGCCCCUAUGCACACUUACUCGCCCAUUAAUUAUAAAAUUGUUUGAAGAACACUUCAGAUCCAUAAAUCAAGAGGAGUCUUUAAGAAUAUUUAAGAUACAAAACAUUUUAGAAAAAGAAUUACAUGCAAGAGUAAUGGCACAAAAUUUUCUCAAUGAGGCCACAUUUUUUGACACGAGAUUUCAUCGUGAUUUUGCUCUUCAGGAAUCACAUUUCGAAAUUACUGAUUUGAAAACACAAGUACUUGCACGCUUUAAACACAUUUUACAUGUGACUUUAAAUAAGACUCAUAACAUUAAGAUAGAACAGAACUCAGAAGAUUCAAUGAUGACUUAUCGAAAAUGCAGUAGUUUAAAGUUAUUUUUCAAACGUGACGUUUCUUUGACAAACACCGAAAUGACUACAGAUUUAAAAACAAACUUAGAUUUAGAGUUUGAACAAUACCAAGCAGAGGCAUGUUUGGAUUUAGAUCAAUCACCAGCCCUGUGGUGGCAACAGCAAUCUGAUAACUAUAAACAGUUGUCCCAGGUAGCUAACCACUAUUUAACAAUUCCCUGUUGUUGUCUACCGCGUUUGUGUCGAUUAGAUUUGGAUCAACGGUAUUUAAAACUUAAUCGACGAAAAAAUUUAAGUCAGUUUUGCCACAUUGAAAGUAAAUUGUGGUAUUUGUACUAUAAUGAAGCAGUGUCAGAUCUGAUAUAGGGAUUGAAAACUUUAGUAUCUUUUUUUUAAGAAAUUUGCUUUUAUUUUAAAUAUUUUUUCGUUAAUAUAGUUUUUAUAUUAUUUUAAUAAUAUAAUUAUCGUAAUGUAAUGAUUUUAAUGUUAUUUAUCUUUAAAUAUAAGUUAAAUAAAUUACAAAUACUCACUAGUAAAACAUAUAAACGGGGUCCUUUUAAUUUAAUUCACUUAUAAUUGUUCUGGUUUCACUACAAAAUGCUUAUUAUUAACAUUAUAUUUUUAUUUAUAUUUUAACCUUUUUCUCAACAUAUUUUAUAAAAGUUUGUAUGUUAUUGCUUUUGGGUUUAAUAUGAAACUAAUCAAAGGAGUACAGUAUUUAAUAAUUCAUUAGUUAUUAUAAAUUAUUAGUGGGUUUGUAUUGUAACACACAUAAAAAUAAUAAAUUUUUUAACUUUAAGAAAAAAAAUGGAUCUUUUUUUUCUUGUUUUAAUUCCCUAAAAAAUUUCAUUUGGUUUUUAUGUUGAAAAAAUAAUAAAAAUUAAAAUAUGUAGUAUUUUUUGGAUUAUUUUGUUAACAGAAUAAAUACAUUGUAUCAAAA